AUUUGAUUAUAGUAGUCGAUUGUAAAAGGAGGUACUAUAGGAACAUGUCGGCGUAAAAGCAAGCAAGUAGCAAUCUAAAGGAAAUGAAUUCGGCUGAUUGUCGCGUGGCUUGUGAAGUGUGUGGUGUGACAGACAGAGUACUCGUCUGUUCUCGUUGUAAAUGUGUUUAUUACUGUUCGAAAGCACAUCAAGCACUGCAUUUUAAGAAACACAAAACAUUUUGUAUAAAACAUCGAGUUGACAAGAAGAGAGAACGUGAUUAUAAAUCGUCUGUAGAUUCAAAAAUUGUUUCAGUCAUUGAAUCAAAAAACGAAGGAAUUGUCACAAAAAAUGCAAGGAAUAGCAAACGUGAACUACAAGUAAGUGACAUUACUGACACUGCGGAGGUUGACAGAAGCGAAGGUGCUGUUGCUGGGAACAUCAGCCCAAUUACAUACGAAGGUAGUUCUGAGAGUGAGAUUCUUAAUGCGGUAACAGAAAUUUUGAGCCCUACACUCGAUUUUGUUACUAGCUUGUCAGAUGAUUCAUUGGAUAAAAAUAUUGCACCCUUAAAUGAUAUGCCUUCACAAGAAAGGGAAAUUGUUAAUGCUCCUGUGAAAACAAAUGGAUUUAGAGCUUUUCCAGAAAUCAGUUUAGUGGAUGUUAAUCCUCUUCCGCCUUUCUUGCAUAGACAGAAUAGGGACAAACAGUUAGAGGAAGUUUGCAUAAAUGUUAUCAGAGACAUGGAUACAUAUGGUGUUUGUGUCGUUGAUAACUUUUUGGGACCUGACAUGGGGAUGGCAGUAUUGGAUGAAGUUACAAGCAUGUACAACAAGGGUGUUUUCAAAGAUGGACAGCUAGUAAGCAACAGAGCAAGAAAUGACUUGAAAACAAUUCGUGGUGAUCAAAUUGCAUGGCUGGAUGGUAAAGAAAGCUCAUGCAAGAACAUUGGUUUUCUGAUCAGUCAAGUUGAUAACAUCAUAGUCCGUGCCAAUAAUAUGAGUGGUAAUGGAAAAAUGGGUGACUACGCUAUCACCGGGAGAACAAAGGCUAUGGUGGCGUGUUAUCCUGGUUCCGGCUCUCAUUAUGUGAAGCACGUGGACAACCCAAAUAGAGAUGGUCGUUGUAUCACGGCCAUAUACUACCUCAACAAAAAUUGGAAUGUCAGAGAGCAUGGUGGCUUGUUACGAAUAUUCCCUGAAGGCUGGAGUGACAAGGUCGCAGACAUUGAGCCACUAUUUGAUCGCAUUCUGUUCUUUUGGUCUGAUCGAAGGAACCCACAUGAAGUUCAGCCAGCACAUCAGACGAGGUAUGCUAUUACCUUGUGGUACUUUGAUGCCACAGAGAGGGAGGAAGCUUGCAGGCGACACAAACAAGAAUGUGGCGUGAACCAGAAGUCAGACUGACCUUUGUGAAGGUCCUCCUGUACUGUACAUAAUUCCUGUGUAUUUGUAUGUAUUAAUGUAAAUUAUGAUACAUUCUGUAUUUGUUUAUUAUUACAGCUUCUCAGUUUAAGCAUGAUUGUUGGUUAGACAGAACUUGUGAUGUUAUAAUUGUUGCUCAGUCUGGUGCUGUUGCAGUGUGACAUUUUCAUCCCCAGUGAAUCACAAUUACCACGGUUUUCUUCUUCUUGGUGGUGAGGUUGUAAGGUAUGACUGAAUUUAAGCUAUUAUUUUGGAAUACUAUAAAGUAGGUGUUCCAUUUGCACUGAAAAUAAUAACAAAAUACCGUGAUUUUUUUUUUAAUCUGUGUAUGUAUUGCAUUACUCAUUAUAAUCCAGUUUUCAUUAAGUCAUGUGUAACAUGGAAUAUUGCAGGAAAGCUUCUCCAGUUGUUUAAUUUAAUUAGUGUAUGUUUUGGAGAAAAUGAAAAUACAGAACAUUUUGUUAUGUUGUUUGAAGAUUUCAUUUUAAAAGCUUGUGAAAUAUUUAUUGUUGUUGACAAUAUACCAAUAUUUUGUAGCUUGUUUAAAAAAAAUGUUUAUUUUAAAGGUACUGAUUUGUGUGAAAGCAAUGAGUUAUAUGGUUUCAAAUUAUGCAGUCUGAGCUGCUCACUAUACAUGUUGUGGUAGGAUUGAGGAGAAACAUACUUCACCUUUAGUCUGCAUAUCACAGUGAACAAAACAUCCAAACUUACAGCAUCUCUAAAAUUCACUCACUCAUUUUCAUGUAAGCCAGAAUGUGUCUUUUUGGUAUUUCAAACCUUUUGCUUGCCAGAGGUAACAACAGUAAAAGACCCAAGUGUUUUCUUAAACAUGUGAGAAAUUAAAAGAGCAGAAUUUGACUUUCAAUAUGUUGUGUAUUUGUAACAGAUACUGUUAUAUACUUUUGCAAAACAUAAUGUUCUUAGAUAUUUUCUGCAGACAGUUUUCUUCCAUUAGAUUUGACCUCUCCUCCGAUAUUUUUGUGUGGAGUUGGGGUUGAUGGAGAAAAAGUGUCCAGAAGUCUUUCAUCCUAAAUUUUUUCUUCUCAGCCUUUACUUUAAUAAAAUUAAUUACUUUGAUA